AUGAGGUCCUUCAUGGGGAUUUGGAUUGUCGUCUUUGUGUUAGCUUUCAGCCUCCAAAGUCAUGCUGUCUUAGAUGAGGUAAUCUCGCUGGGCGGUGGGCUAGACGAGCCGACAAUUCGCCUUACCAGAGGCGAAACCUCCCCAGAGCGCAUCAACGAGGGUGGAACACUUGAGUCGACAUGUUAUCUGGAGGAUGAAAGCGAAGUGGAAAAUUAUCAAUUCACCUGGGUUUCGCGCAAGGAUGGCACCGAUAAUGUCAUCUCCGAGGGCAAAAAUCUCUAUCUAACCAACGUAAACGCCGACACAUUCAGAGAUCCCAUCUUCUGCGUCGUUGAACGCUUGGACGACGGCGAGAUCUUUGAGAAACAGAUCGCUGUUGAAUAUUAUGGUCCAACACAACCACGAGACCUGGAGAUUCGACCCAUGCCAUCGGAGGACAUGUUAAGCGGACGAGUGGUGCGCAAAUGCGAGGUGGUGCCAACCCCACCACCCAGUGAAAUUUGGGAGUACACCUGGUCGGAUCCCAGUGGGCGCAUUAUCUCCUCCAGCGACAUCCUCUCCAUCACGGUCACAGGAGAACAGCCGUCUGUGACGUAUACCUGCAAGGCCAAAAAUCUGCGCACCAACGACUAUUUGAUCGGCUACUUUACCGUCCACGCCAGAAAUGUUCCAGGCGCAAUAACCUACAACACACUAAUCGAGCCGAUUUCGCGAGCACUGGAGUUCGGUCGUCCCUAUGAAGCGCGAUGCAAAGUUCAGCCGUCCCCUCCAGAACCGGUUGCAUACACCUGGUACUUCAGAAACCGUGCAGUAAGUGAGUCCGAUCGCCUCUACCUGCCCGACUUUAACCGAAACACUGCGGGUGAGUACAUCUGCACGGCGCGACCUGCUUACAACGGACGUGGACGCAGCUACGCCAAUGCCACUCUCAACGUCCGACUCAAGGUCACCAGUGAACCGCGCACCGAACUUCGCAGACCUCCGGGUUCGACAUUAAUCACCAACAUUGGUGAGAGGCGCGAGCUUCACUGCGAGAUUCCCAUGAACGACCGUAACGCCAUAAGGUGGUAUCUCAAUGGCACCAUCAUCGAUGCAAAUUCCCCUGCCAACCGAACCGGGCACCUCCAACGCAUCGACUACAGCCGCGUCAGCAUCAUGUCCAUCGACGGUAUUGAGGAGAAUCACGAGGGUCAGUGGGAGUGCAGAACCGACACCGAGAGGAAGAUUGUGGAUGUUAUUGUAGUCUCCGAAUACGAUCUGGAGGUGAAUCCACCGCUGUACGUGUUGGAUGAGGGGCAAAAAAUGGAAAUCCACUGCAGCGCUCAGGGCGCCCACGAGAUUACCAAUACUGACUUGGAGUGGUUCUUCCGACCGGUUGGAUCUAGUACCCUGCAGCCACUCGACUACGGACCUGGCGGCUUUGUGCGAACGGAUGACCCGCGCGCCAGGUAUACCAGUGUCAUCACCAAGUACCACGUCACCGCCCUCGAUGAGGGCGAGUAUGUCUGCCGCGAACCGCGUGGGCAGACUGGUUUCAGUAGUCUCCAAAUUCGCCGGCCGAUGCCGCACACUCUACACAUCACACCAGCUGUCAUCAAGGUGCGACCUGGGCAGGAUGUGAGUCUCCUUUGCUACUCCAUGCAAAUGGACCGUCGAACCCGUGGACCCCGUCCAAAGUUGCGAGCUUUCGAUACUCGUCUGCCACUCCGUAUCACCGAUGCCCCUGAUGGUGCUGUCAGUGGCUCCGUUAUACGAAUCGAUCCGUCCUUCAACGGAACUAUCAUUGAGUGCUUCUCUGAUAUGCCCGGUGUAGAACCAGUGAGAGCAACCAUUCAAGUUGAAGACGUCUGUCCACCCGGUUAUCGCCGUUGUCGCAAUGGCGUAUGCCUCGAGGCCGGACGCUUCUGUGAUGGAAAUCGUGACUGUGUUGACGGUAGUGAUGAGGAUCAGGCUCUUUGUUCUGUUUGUGAUCCAAUCGUGAUGAAAUGUGAGACGUAUCGUGGUCAGCCGCCCCGCAAGGGGUCCUACAUGGUUCACUGGCAGUGCGAUGGUGAGGAUGACUGCGGUAACGGCUUUGAUGAAGCCAAUUGUCAGGACCCAGCAAUUAAUUUCUGCGUGAAGCAGCAGUACACUUGUCCCUUCUCCGGUCUCCAAAUUCCUCGUGCCUUCAUGUGUGACUCCGAUCCCGAUUGUGACCGCAACGAGGAUGAGGAGCAGUGUAGAGAACCACAAGUUCUUGAUGCACCCAGAAGCCAGUAUGCUUACCGUCGUGGUGAUACGGUAACCUUGACCUGCGAGGUCGCUGGUCGUCCCAACCCGCGUGUCAUUUGGCGCUUCAAUUGGGGUUGCCUGCCUGACGAUGGUCGUCGCAUGACUGUGCGCAACUUCGCGGAGAAUUGCGGAACUCCCAACGAGAAGACCGUCUCCACACUGACUAUCAGUAACUUCAUGCCAGGCGAUGAUGGCAUCUACAACUGCGAGGGUCUCAAUGGACUCAAGCGCGCAAUGUCACGGGACUACACUGUCAUUCUCACCGACUAA